GGCGCGAUGGCGAUGACGACCAUCGUGCCGCACAACAGGGGCCAGCCAUGCCACGACGACGACGAUGAUGUCAUGUGGGACGAUCGCUACCCUCACGUUCGCGUGCGUUGGCCAGACCUUGUGGGGAUCACGAUGCAGCAGGGGGUGACCCAGCUGUACUGCGUGACGGAGUCCAUCUGGAACCCCGCAGCCGUGGAGACAGUGGACGGCUUGGUGUGGACAUGCGAUAGGAGCCCGUUCAACAAAAGAGGUGACGCAGCCAGCGUGCAGUCUCGCAAGCGCUCGGUCGAGAAAGUUGGCAUCCUCAACGUUCGCGCUGGGCCGUGGGUUGUGCCGAGGGGCGAGAUCGACAUCACUGUGUACGCGGAUAAGGCUUCCAAGACCACGAAGACUGUCACGCUCCAGCGCUACAAUUUGCUCCACUGGGCCACGCUCUACGAGGGCUUGCAGGCUGCCGUGAAUGACGACGGUAACGCUGGCAACUCAGUCGUGGAGGCGUCGUUGCGAGAUGGCCUCCAGAAUUACAAAGUGUUCUACAAGCGAACCCCCGCGUACGUGCAGGAGUACCUCGUCGACGUUGGCAACGAGACGAACGACGAGCAGAGUUCGCGGACUGCCCUCCAGAAGAAGAAGCUGUACGAGUGGUCAGUGGCAAGCUUGGGCCAGCGGCAAUACGCAGAGAAGGGGUUCGAGGUCGCUGAGAGCACGUUCGUUAACCGUUGGCGUUCGAGCCACCAGCAUGAUCAGAGCCUCAGCGCAUACAAAGAAGCAGAACAUAAAGACAACGUGCUGCCCUCGGGCAAGAGAGUCUGGGACGCCGUGUGGGAGCAGAGCCAGGCCAGCGUUGAUUGGAUGCACCCCGCGAUCAACGGCAAGCACUGGGAGGUCAUCGACAACUUCGUGCAUUGCAUGAAGAUCGUGAAGAAAGGCUUCCCUGGCUACGCCGUGGACUUGUUCCUGUUGUCGUUGCCCCGCAUUCCGACCGCGGUCGCGGGGGUCUCAACCUUCCUCCCGCAGGGCCUGGGCACCAGCAAGUUGCACUGUUUGACCGAAUUGCACGUCGAGAAUCUCUUGUUGCCCAUGGAAGGGAGUACGGCGCUGAAGGAUGUCGGGGCAGCGAGGGUGGAGGCUAGCGACAAGAAGAAGGCGCACAAGAGGUGCGAUGCAGACGCGAUCAACAGCAUGAAGUAUAUUUCAAUGUAUGCGACUUCCACUGGCUCCGUAUGCCUCUACUCUCAGCCCAGCGGCCAGAAACAGACCGUCAUCACCAAGUGGAGCAUUCUGAGAAAGAUAAUGAAGACGGAUGCUUAUCGGCGAUCCCAGCUUCAGCCGAGGCCGACGGACCCUGACUUCAACGUGGGCGAGACCUUGGACGCCGCGCCGAUUCAGGACGACGUUCACGCCCCCCCCGAGGGCAUGAUCUCCGACUACUUGCCUGUCGUCGGGGGCAUCGUGGCGCACUUGAAGAAACACCCGCCCGAUGACGAGGAGUCCUGGAAGACCAUGGUCGCCCAGGGAGUCGGGGCCGUGGUGAUGAGUAGCAUGGCCAAGAUCUACAGAGAUAAGGGCUGCAGCCCUGGGGCUGCUUCGAAGUACGUGGUGGAAGCGGCCGCAGACUUCGCGCUCACGCUACUUCCCUUCAAUGUCGACGUAGACUUCGAGAAGUUGCUGCGGGCGAUCAAGGACAUGAAGUCGGAUGUUCCCGAAGCGUGCCAGCAGCUCGUGAUUUUCCAAGGGAAGGGCUUUCUCAAACCCAAGUCCACGCGAUGGAAUCUCGCGAUUCGUGUGGUGUGCGAGACGGGCCAGGUCAGAACUCCCAGCGGGGCCCAGGUCAUCGGCAAUGAGGUAAUAAAGGUGCUCGAAGUGUGCAAGGACUCGUUCAAGUUCUGCAGUGGUGCGCAGGAUGAAGAGCCCUGGGUGGUUGGGACCGAAGCAACCUACAACCUGGCGUUCCACGAUGCCCUCGACAAGCUCUACGGCGCAGUUCUGACGUUCGUGGCCCACGACACCGCGGCCCUCGAGAACGACGCGGAGAAGUGCAACUUCUCAGUCCCGAAGUCGCACGACAUGUUCCCUGAGCAGAAGCAGGCCGUGCUGAAUGAAAUCGUGAAGUGUUGGGAGGCCACCUACCCCGGCUUCAAUAUCGUCAAGCUCGCUGGCCGCUGCGUGAAGGGCGAAGCUUCGCCUGCCGAUGUCAUGGAGGUGGGCCUGCGUCUCUCGAUGCCAGCUCCGCCCGCGGGUGCCGGCGCCGGGGGCGCCGCCGCGGCGGCGUCGAGCGGCGACCUUCCCGCGGAGGUCACCUGCGAAGACGACGAGGACAAGACGUACUACGUCGAUCAGUGGUUCAAGAAGGCGUGCGAGGCGGAGGUUGGCAUUGAGAAGGAGGUGGAGCUCAAGCCGCCAGGGGCGGGUGCGGUCGCAUCCCCCCCAUUCUCAGCGGUUUUCCUUCGCCACUUGAUCAACCAAGUGCAGGAGAAGCUCUUCCCGCUGCACCUUGAUCCCAAGUUGCAGGGGGUCGGCUUGGAGAAGCUGGUGCUGGAGCAGAAGGCGCACUCAUCUUCCACGGCGAUGGUCAUCAAGCAGAGCGAGCCUGGCGACGUGCAGCUCAACUUUCGCGGCAGUGUGGUCGAGUACGAGGAGACGCGCGGGUUGUCCGAGUCGUCGCUGCUGCACCUUGGAUCCUCCAACGGCGUUUCGCUCUUCCUCAACGGCAGCAGGUUCCAGAACUUCGAGAGGAGCGACUUUAACUUGGCCUGGCUGGUGAAGGUGGCCCCAGACAAGAAAGCAGACGAUUCGUCAUCCCACGCGCCCGAGGUCAAGAAGAGGAAGAGCAAUAAGAAGGAGGCGCCACCCGUGAUCACUCACAAGUUGGCGUUCGAGUCGGUCGAGUUCGACCUGGUGGACCCGAGGACCGAGCAGGUCUACGCGUUCUCGUUCAAGAAGCCGCUCCUCGUCCCGAACCCCGACCUGACAGACGACCAGAAGAUCGGCGAGCUGCUGCGCGAGAAGGCCGUUGGCGUCGGCGAUGUCAUCGCAAAGAAGAUGCCGAAG